GCGGCGUAGGGAUCAUAAAGCCGGCCGCCGGUAACCCUCACGCAGGCAUUCGUCUCACUCCGGAGCUUCAGUUGCCGCCCCGCUCUCCCACGACUCCUCCCUCGAGCCCCAAGGGAUCCUGCAUCUUCUCACCAUGUUGGUCUACCAGGAUUUGAUCUCAGGAGACGAGCUCCUCUCGGAUUCCUUCGAGUACAAGGAGCUCUUUAACGGUGUGCUUUGGGAAGUUGAGGGGAAGUGGGUUGUGAAGGGCGCCCUAGAUGUUGAUGCCCUGAUUGGAGCCAAUGCCUCUGCCGAAGGAGGUGGCGAGGAUGAGGGCGUCAGUGAUGAGGCUGUCAAGGUUGUCGACAUUAUCGACACCUUCAGACUACAGGAGCAACCUGCCUUCGAUAAGAAGACCUUCAUGGCUUAUAUAAAGAAGUACUUGAAGAAAUUGACUGACCUUGUGCCAGCGGAACGCCAGGCAUCCUUCAAGAAGGAUGUGGAAGCUGCAGUCAAGUUUCUGCUUUCUAAACUCUCCGAUUUGCAGUUUUUCGUUGGUGAGAGCAUGAAGGACGAUUCCACAAUAGUCUUUGCUUACUAUAAGGAUGGAGCGGCCAAUCCCACUUUCCUUUACUUCGGUGACGCCUUGAAGGAAGUGAAGUGCUAAGUGGCUUAGAAUACUGGUCCGAGUGGAUGUCACAUGACAAUCAUUGUACACCUAAUCUUAAAAGAUGUCCAACUGUUUGUCGCAAGUAGAUACGUUAUGUUACGUGGGGUGGUUAUCAGUUAUCAUAACAAUUUUGGGUUUUAAGUCAUGUCCGCUUCUCUAAGUAUGUAGGACUUUUGUGAUUUGAGUUCUGUCUCACCAUGGAGCAUAGUAAAUAUUUUCAAUCUUGAAAAUAUGUCAUGAUAUUUGUUAAAUUAAUAAUACGAAUUCUAUGUUGGAUAAUUAUUUUUUCACAA